AUGGCCGAAACAAUUGUGUCUUCCAUACCUGCAUUACAUGCUUUUGACCCACGUACAACGACAUGGCAAUCAUAUCGGGAUCGCAUCGGGUUUUAUUUCAAAGCAAACCGAAUAAUGGAAGACAGCGACAAGAAAGCAUUACUUUUGUGGUCAAUCGGCGAUUCAACAUACAAUUUGUUGGAAUCAUUGAUGUCUCCAACGGCUCUCACCGAUACCACCAUCACAUUUGAAACAUUGACCAAGGUAUUAGAUUCUCAUUACGACAUUCGAAAAAACAUAAUGACAUCAACCUACGACUUUUAUUCUUGUGUUCAAAAGCCCGGUCAAUCGUUCAUAGAGUGGAAGGCAGAACUGUGUGAAAAGCUUCGACACUGUGGAUUUACAACAUCGAAAUUAGCAAAGAAACCACAGGAUAGAGCUUUACGUGACAUGUAUGUGAUUGGAAUAAGAAGUCAAAAGACUCGGCAAGCUCUUUUGAAAGAAGAAGAUCCAGAUCUCGAAGCAACAGAGAAAAUUAUUCAAAUGGCAGAACGUUUACAAGAAGAUGUCCGUCAUUUCAAUGCAAAUACGGGUCAAACAGAUGGAAAUGUAGCCAAGAUUGAUCGUCAACAAUCUAGUGGAACACCACGACAGCAAACUAGAUCGCAUAACAAACAGGAUAAGAAACCUUGCACAGUAUGCGGCUCUAGUCAACAUGUACGUGGUACAUGCAAGUAUCGAAAGUAUACCUGCAACUUCUGUAAACGAGUGGGUCAUUUGGAACGGGUUUGUCGGCAGAAAAAGGAUCCUAAACAAACCACGAAACACAUCACGACAGUGUACAAGGUCAACAAUACUAAUCAAUACAACAAAAAUCGCAACAACUCUCUUAAUGUGAAAUUAUUAGUAAAUAAUUAUGAAAUGGAGUUUGAAAUGGAUACCGGAUCAACUCAUACAAUCAUCAGUGAGAAUGAUUGGAAAAAUAUUGGAUCACCGGCAAUUCAAGCAACGAAACACAAACUUCAAUGUUACAGUGGGAAUUUACUCAAAUUAUUAGGAGAAUGCGAGGUGAGUAUCAAUUACAAAAAUCAAAAAUUAUCUUUACCUUUAAUUGUGAUACAUAGCAAUGGAUUAGCUGAGAGAUUUGUUCGUUCGUUCAAAGAGGGGUUGGCAAAGGAACGACUAUCAGGUCAAUUAAACAAGAAUAUUGCGGUUAGAAAUAUAAUGCGGACUUAUCGUUGGUCUAUACAUACAUCAACAGGUCGGUCACCAGCUGAUAUGAUGCUGCAAUAUCCAAUUCGUACAGCAUUACAUCGAAUGAAACCACUGAAACAUGGCUCAAAGCAGCAACGAAUGUCAAAAUACCAAGUUGGUCAAAUGGUUCUUACUAAAAUCAACCAACCAAAUGCUUCGCAUAUUUGGAAAUCUGGUAUGGUAACAAAACAGUUAGGAUCAGUUUUAUAUGAAAUUCAACUACCAGAUGGUAUUGUCAAACGUCAUCAAAAUCAACUCCGUCUUCAAUAUGGAACAGCAAACCAACAACCGGAUACUACAAGUCUACCUGAUGAUAUGUUAAAUCAAAAUCUCUUUACAGAAGCACAAUCUACAACACAACCGACAGCUUCUCGUUAUCCCAGUAGAAAUCGUCGACCACCGGAUCGAUAUACACCGACGUGA